AUGGAUUACUCAAUUCAGAGGUUGCUCCACGAUAAACUAUAUGAUAAAAGGAAGCAAGGAGCCUUAGAACUCGAGCUAAUCGUUCGCGAGGCGGUUUUCAAAGGUGAUCAUGAAAAAGUAGCGAAGAUUGUCGAGCAGCUUUGCCAUGACUAUGCAUACGCCGUACACCAACCUCACGCCCGAAACGGUGGUUUGAUUGGCCUGGCGGCCGCUUCGAUUGCCCUGGGAUACGAAGGAGUAGCACCUUACUUGAAAGAGAUCGUGCCGCCCGUCCUGGCGUGCUUCACUGAUCCAGAUGCGAGGGUCCGAUACUAUGCAUGCGAGAGUAUGUACAACAUCGCCAAAGUAGCCAAGGGGGAGAUUCUACUUUUCUUCAAUGAUAUCUUCGACGCGCUAGCUAAGCUUGCCUCGGACAUCGAACUUUCCGUGAAAAAUGGUGCCGAGCUUCUCGAUCGGUUGGUCAAGGAUAUCGUUGCGGAGUCCGCUGCUUCAUAUGUCUCCGUGCUGCAGUUGGCAGAGAAGUCAGCAGACGCUGACCCUUUCGAGGAGGUCGAGCUGCCUACAGCGUUCUCACUUGAAAGGUUUAUUCCCUUGCUGAAAGAGCGGAUCCAUGUGAUUGUUCCGUUUACUCGCAACUUUCUAGUCUCCUGGUUGACUCUCUUGGAUACUAUUCCUGAUCUAGAGCUGAUUAGUUAUUUACCGGAGUUCUUAGAGGGCCUGAUCAAGUUCCUGGGUGGACCCGACCAAGAUGUCAACGUUGCAACCCAGGGCCUUCUAGAGCGAUUUCUUCAGGAGAUCAGGAGGAUCACCAGACUGAAGAAGGGUAUUGAAGAAAGCCGUAAGACUCAAAGUCGCAGACGUUCCGUCGGAAGCGACUCUCUCAGUGUGAGCGCCAAAACCGAGCAAACGGUGGACACCGGCGCGGGAGAAGGAAAUCAAUAUGAUAUUGCCGUGGAUGACGCGGUCUCCGAAUCACUUCUCGACGAUGAUCUCACCCAGACUGAGGGAGACUGGAUUCCGGGGCAGGAUGUGCAAAUUGACUUCCCCAAGAUCUUGGAGAUUCUUGUCAGCUUUAUUGACCCCUCAUAUGAGGAAGCAAUGCAGGUCGAGGCUUUGCGUUGGAUUGACUCCUUCUUCGAGUUCAAUCCGGAAGAUAUUCUUCCGUUUGUUCCAACGCUUCUCACACAGGUGCUCCCGGCCUUGUCUAGUGACGUGGUAUCAGUCCGACAAGAAGCCAACCGAGUCAACAAGUCUCUUCUUGAAUACAUUUAUACACUUUCGGAUGACACCGACGAAGCAACACAGGCGCAAUCGAAGGCUCCUUCCGUCGCACUCAGUAAAGAGAGCACUGAAAGGAAAUCUUCGGAGACGAACAAUGAGGCUAGAAAAUCAGUUCAAGAGUCUUCUGGAGCAACUCCCCGUAGCAGUCUCGUUUCAACCCCAUUUCAACCAGCCGACCUUGAUUAUGCUGCGGCGGUCAAUUCUCUCACUCUUCAGUUCCUGAACGAGAAUGAAACCACUCGGGUAGCUGCACUUUCUUGGCUCAUCAUGUUACACCGCAAGACACCCCGCAAAGUGGUUGCGUUCAACGACGGUACCUUCCCAGCUCUAUUGAAAACCCUAUCGGAUCCGGCAGAAGCAGUUGUGACAAAAGAUCUGCAACUACUAUCACAGAUCUCCAGAAACAGUGAAGAUAGUUACUUUGCUUCUUUCAUGGUGAACUUGUUACAGCUCUUCUCCACCGAUAGACAUCUGCUUGAGGUGCGCGGAAAUCUUAUUAUCCGACAGCUGUGUCUGAAUUUGAGCCCAGAGCGUAUCUAUCGGACAUUGGCGGACUGUCUAGAGAAGGAAGAGGACAUUGAAUUCGCCAGCAUUAUGGUGCAGAACCUUAACAACAACCUUAUCACCGCACCCGAACUGGCAGAUAUGAGGAAACGAUUGAGGAAUCAGGACUCUCGAGAGGGCCAAAUGUUUUUUGUUGCUCUUUUCCGGUCUUGGUGCCAUAAUGCCGUUUCCACCUUCUCUCUGUGCCUGCUCGCUCAAGCCUACGAGCAAGCGUACAAUCUCCUCCAGAUCUUUGCCGAACUUGAGAUGACUGUCAACAUGCUCAUCCAGAUCGACAAGCUUGUUCAGCUUCUCGAGUCCCCCGUAUUCACUUAUCUCCGCCUCCAACUCCUCGAGCCCGAAAAAUACCCAUACCUAUACAAAUGCCUCUACGGUGUUCUCAUGCUCCUCCCCCAGAGCUCCGCCUUUGCUGCCCUCAAGAACCGCUUGAAUAGCGUCAGCAACAUUGGAUUCCUUCACAAUGCACCCCGCAGUACCACCCAAACCGCCCCUUCCUACGAGCGUCCCACUGGAACCCGUCUCAAAGGCCGCGAAGAAAACAGCAUCCGCUGGGUCGAACUGCUGGAUAAAUUUAAGGCUGUCCAGGAACGCGCUCGUCGCUCACAGGCUCAACAACGUCACUCCGUCGACGCUACUGACUCUCUUCACCCCUCCCUUUCUGCUGCCCUCUCUGCUGCCACUGGUGGCCGUGAUAGGUCUGGUCUCCCCGAUACCCCGCGGGGUGGCCCUGGAAUGAUGAGUCCCGGGGCUGGUGGUCUUGGAAUCGGUGUAGGACCUGGUAUGGGUGCUAAUCGUGGUGCACCAGAGCCAAGUCCCAAGGCUGGCUCGUCCUCGUCUAUCCUGGGGCACAAACAAAGAUCGAGUCUUCCUAACCUGGGAAGUCGGUUGGGUAUUGGAUCGCGCAAAUCCAAGAAAACUUAG